GCCCGUCUCCGGCGUCAUACCCUCAGUCUGCACCUCAAUACGAGCCACCCCAAAAUCCGCAAUCUUGAUCGACUUAUCAGCAGCUAUCAAGAGAUUGUCCGACUUCAGAUCCCUAUGAAUCAAAUUCAAACCGUGCACGUAUUCCAUCCCCCGGGCAACAUCCAAGGCCUGCUUCACCGCCAGCUUCAGUGGCACAGACCGAUUCUGCCUUUUCGUCAGGAACUGUCGAACCGAACCUCCCUUAGCAUACUCAGUAACAAUGCACCAAACCAUCGGUUUACGGCACGCACCAAUAAACCGAACUAUGUUCGGAUGCCUCAGAUUAGCCAGCAUCAUCACCUCCUGCUGAAACUGCUGCUCCAUCAGCUGCGCCCGCUCGACAUCAUUCUCGGGCUUCUCCAGAAGCUUGAUCGCAACAUCCUCACCGUUGUAAGUGCCUCUGUACAGUUUCCCGAAAGCCCCCUGAGCAAAAGCGGGCCCCAUGUUGAGCUUCCGCAAGUCGAUUGUCCACUCGUCAUAGUUUCCAAGGUCCCCUGUGGGGUAGCUCGGGUCCAUCAGAGCACGAGCAAGAGCAUCAUUACUCAGCUGGGAGGCUCUCCCAUUGCCCUGGUGCCCCAGAAUGCGGGUGUUCGAGCCAUUGGACCCUUCGCUACUAUUGUCCAUGGACAUGGCAACAGAUCCUCCACCGUUGCUCAUCUGCAGGCUACCGUAACUGUCGAC